GAUAAAUUUAAAAAAAAAAAAAAAAAACAGUUAAAAUAGAUAGAAAUGGUGGAGAUGAAAUUUCUGGGGAUGGAUUUUAGCUGUGCAGUGGGAUCUCUAAGCCAUGGUCAAUUCCCGGAAAAGGAUUGUCUACUUCCCUUAAUAUCAAAGCUGUUGGGUUACUGCAUCGUCGCCGCCUCCACCACCGUCAAACUCCCGCAGAUACUAAAGAUUUUGAAAAACAAUAGUGUCAGAGGGCUAAGCGUCCUAUCUUUCGAACUUGAGGUAGUUGGUUAUACCAUUGCUUUGGCAUACUGUCUUCACAAGGGACUUCCGUUUUCAGCUUACGGAGAGUUGGCAUUCCUUUUGAUUCAAGGCAUAAUUCUAGUAGCAAUCAUCUACUAUUAUUCUCAGCCUCUAGGAACCAAGACAUGGAUCAGAGCAUUACUAUACUGCGCAAUAGCACCAACCAUCAUGGCUGGUCAGAUUGAUCCGUUUCUUUUCGAAGCUCUAUAUGCUUCUCAGCAUGCAAUUUUUUUCUGUGCAAGGAUUCCACAAAUCUGGGCAAACUUCAAGAAUAAAAGUACUGGAGAGCUUAGCUUCUUGACCUCUUUGAUGAACUUUGCAGGUUCCAUGGUGAGGGUCUUUACCAGCAUGCAGGAAAAGGCACCGAUGAGCGUGGUUAUGGGUUCUGUGAUUGGCAUUAUGACGAAUGGGACAAUCUUGAGUCAAAUAAUCAUGUACCAAAAACCAUCAACGAAGAAAGAGAAGAAGUCCGAUUAGAGAAUCGACAUUUGGUGCCCCAAAGAUUGUACUGCUACGGAUGAACUCUUUAAAUUUCACUCGAGCGUUGUUAUCAGCACAAGUAGGGAAUAGAUACUACAAUGCUUGUACUUCCGGUUUUUUGAACCCUAGUUCUUUAAUUUCGAUGCACCAUUUGCAAUUUUGUUUGGUGCAGUAACAUCAAAUAUAAGUGGGAUUCAUGUCACUAUAAACCCUUUCUUACAAGAUAACU